AUGGAUGUAAAGGCUAGAGGGAAUAUUUUGGGCAAUAUUGUCCCAGCCCGAUACAUUCUCGUGGUGCUCGGUUCCAUUGGCUUGGCUAUCGUGUAUGGGUUGAAGGUGAAUCUCUCCGUUGCCAUGGUCGGUAUGCUGAACCACACGGCUCUGAAGCACAAUAAUCUUGGAAAUGGCAGCUUGCAGAAUGCUACUAAUAAAGCGACUAUCGACUCCCCUGAUCAGGAUGGACCCUUUAUAUGGAGUUCGGAAGUACAAGGAGUUAUACUUAGUUGUUACUUUUGGGGAUAUUUCGUCUCACAAAUACCUGGUGGUCGAGUGGCGGAGUUGUUUUCAGCGAAAUGGGUGAUGUUCCUUAGCGUGGCAAUCAACGUGCUAUGUACUCUACUGACACCCGUGAUGACUGAGCUGCAUUACACCGCUCUCGUGUGCAUGCGAGUUUUGGAGGGCAUCGGUGGAGGUGUGACAUUCCCAGGAAUGAAUGUCCUGCUAUCGAAGUGGUCACCGCCAGCAGAACGAAUUACCAUGACUGCGUUAGUUUACACAGGAACUUCACUGGGCACCGUUAUAUCCAUGUUAAUGACUGGAAUACUUACUGAUAAAGUUGGUUGGGAAAGUUCAUUUUAUGUAAUGGGAGCUCUAUCGGUAAUUUGGUGCGUUCUGUGGGUUGUGUUAAUACAAGAUUCACCUGAAAAGCAACCGUUGAUCAGCAUCGCGGAGAGAAAAAUGAUCAUCACCUCGCUAAGAGGAAAUUCUGCAAGAAGAGAUCAAAAGAAAAUACCGGUUCCUUGGUGCGCUGUGUUCACUUCACCAGCCUUUAUCGCGAUUCUGGUGGCACAUACUUGUUCUACCUGGGGUUGGUACCUACUUCUUCUCGACUUGCCCCUUUACAUGAAGCAGGUUCUUCAUUUCAAUAUAACUCAGAACACAUUAUCUACUGCUUUACCUUUCCUGACUCUAUGGCUCUUUACCAUAUUUCUGGGCAAAACUUUGGACUGGUUGCGCGGCAAAGCCAUAAUUACCACAACGACUGCUAGAAAGAUCGCCAGUUUCAUAGCGUCAGUAUGCCCGUCUGUCUGCUUGUUCGCCCUGUGUUUCAUCGAAAACAACCGUGCAGCUGCGGUGGCUAUCAUGACCAUCGGAAUUACAUCUACCGGCGGCCUGUUCUGCGGUUUCCUCGCUAACCACAUCGAUAUUGCUCCUAACUUUGCUGGUACACUAAUGGCCCUUACCAAUACAGUGGCAUCAAUCCCCGGCAUAGUAGUACCGAUAUUCGUGGGAGCCAUAACGCAUCACAAUCAAACAAUACAUGAAUGGCGGACAAUAUUCUACGUGACAAUAGGGAUGUACGCUAUAGGCAUCACCACCUACUUAGCUUUCGGAUCUAGUGAAGAGCAACCCUGGAACAAGGUGACUGUGGAUAAUGAGGUUGAGACAAAACCACUGAAUGAAGAAAAGAAGACUGAUGUUUGA